CAUGGCUACUUGCAUCAUCAGCUUGUCAUCUCUACUUGCCAUGGCAGUAGUACUCAUCUCAUCGCUGGCAGCCAGCGAAGACGACAUCGUUUCUUCGAGAAACCAAGAUCUCGCUGUCGCCACCGAGGAGAUGCAGACAGCCAACUACUUCACCUUCGUCAUGCUGAUCAACAUGGAACCGGCAAGCCUAAUUCAAGGCAACGUCACCUUCUUGAUGCCUAACGACCGGACGCUGGCAAAAACCCUGAUGCCGGAGAAUGCUGUUGUCGAUUUCCUACUGCGACACACCAUCCCGUCGCCUUUGCUCAUUGACCACCUCUUGCAUCUCCCAACAAACUCCAUCAUCCCCACAGCAGAGCCCGGGUUCGCGCUCAAGGUUUCCAACCAUGGCAGGAAGAGCUUCUACCUCAACAACGUCCGAAUCACCAGCCCUAAUAUCUGCACCGCGGGCUCUUCCAUCCGGUGCCACGGCAUAGAUGGGGUGGUGCAGCAUGCCACCGUGACAGUCACACCCCCACAUGACAACUCUACUAGCCACACUAUCAGGUCCAGUCCCCCUCCUGCACCGCCCUCGCCGCGGUGGCCACCACCACAGCCCGGCGGCGUUAAUCUGGCUCCUUCAGGGGCUCCGCCGCCGGCUGGUCACAAUGCCAGCCCCCAGAAAUCAGGCUCUUCUAAGCUACUGCCUCUUGGUGGAAAAUCUUUGGAAUUUAUACAAGAUGGCUUGUCCAAUGUACUCAACCAUGGAAUUACUAUGCACAGGGCAUCGGAACUGUACCAUGGCCAAGUCAUGAUAUGGCUUAUAUCUAUAUUUCUCUAAAGGUUUAAUUUCGUAUCAUUUAUGUGUGUGUGUGUGUGUGCACCUACAAUUGAUAGCUCUUAAAUAUACUUAUUUGACACUCUUUAUCUCUAGUGAGUUGAAUUAUUUAUAGGCCAAAUUAAUUUCAUUUUUUGGGUGUAAUUUAGGCAACAUUAAUUGGAUUUUGGUUGGGCUUUAAUUUGU